AUGGAGUCCUCUUCCGCGACGCCAUGGACUCCUACACAAGGAAAGGACGUACUGCCCCACAAGGGUGACAUGGAUGAUUUGAUCAACUCCGUCGCCGUUGAUUCUGCCUACGGUGAGGCCGCCGCCAUGGAUCAUGCCGUCAUCACCGUUGAUGCCAUCGACGCCGGAGUUGUAGCCCACCUUGAACAACCAAGUACACCACAGCCAACAUCUUCUCCGAGUAUAGCAGAAAGUUGCAAAGAACAUUUGAAGCCUAUGGUUGGAAUGAUAUUUGAUACACUUACAGAUGUGGAGAAAUUUUACAAAUCGUAUGCACAUGAAGCUGGUUUCUCUGUUCGUGUUGGUCAGCACAAGAAGCAAAAUGAGGAAAUAUUAUUCAAGCGGUAUUACUGUUCAAGGGAAGGGUACAGAAAGGAGAGCAUGAAAGAUGUUACUGAUGAAUCUGGAAAAACAAAAAGAAAGACACCAAAUGUGAUGGAAACCAGAUGUGGCUGUGAAGCACAUAUUGUUGUCAGGCUUGGCAGUGACAAGAAGUAUCGAAUAUCUUCAAUUGUUGAGGAGCACAGCCAUGGUUUUGUGUCGCCAGAUAAGAGGCACUUGCUAAGAUCCAACCGUGCUGUUAGUGAGAGGGCAAAGAGUACUUUGUUCAGUUGUCAUAAGGCUAGCAUUGGCACGUCCCAGGCAUUUCGACUUCUCCAAGUCAGUGACGGUGGAUUUCAUAAUGUUGGGUGCACACUGAGGGAUUUGCAGAACUAUUACCGUGACCUGAGGGGCAAAAUAAAGGAUGCUGAUGCACAAAUGUUUGUAGGACAACUUGAGCGAAAGAAGGAAGUAAAUCCUGCCUUCUUUUAUGAGUUUAUGGUGGAUAAACAAGGACGACUUGUUCGUGUCUUUUGGGCAGAUGCCAUAUGCAGGAAAAACUGUAGUGUUUUUGGUGAUGUGAUUUCGGUAGAUUCAACAUAUACCACUAACCAAUAUAAUAUGAAGUUUAUGCCAUUUACUGGAGUCAAUCAUCACUUGCAAAGUGUUUUCCUUGGGGCAGCAUUCUUGGCUGAUGAAAAGAUUGAGUCAUUUGUAUGGUUGUUUCAAACCUUUCUUAAGGCUACGGGGGGAGUAGUACCUCGUCUAAUCAUAACAGAUGAAGAUGCAAGCAUGAAGGCUGCUAUUGCUCAGAUUCUACCAAAUACAAUUCAUAGACUUUGCAUGUGGCAUAUCAUGGAAAAGGUACCUGAGAAGGUUGGGCCCUCCAUAAGACAGGAUGGUGAGUUCUGGGAUAGAUUACACAAGUGUGUUUGGGGCUCCGAGGAUUCAGAUGAUUUUGAGUCUCAAUGGAAUUUUAUCAUGGCAAAAUAUGGGCUCAUUGGAAAUGAAUGGUUUUCCACAAAGUUUGAUAUUCGAGAACUAUUUUUUGACGACGAAGGUAACCUUCUGGAUGAAAAGGCUAAAGAUCCUAUGGAGGUAGAAACGCGGAAAAAAAUUUCAGAUUCACGCAACAAGUUUGAAGAUCUUAUCCAAAUGGCCAAGAACUCUGAACAAGGGAUAGAGUUUUUAUAUUCUAGUUUAUCCAACCUUGAAGAACCUCUCCAAAAGAUUAUUCCUGCUGCUACAGUUAAUAAACAGGAUGAGUUUGAAUCAUUCCUUGGCAGCAAAAUUCUAGAUGAAGUCAAGAUACAUCCACCAAAUGAUAUCAAGUCCAAAGGGCGAUGCAAAAGAAUUAAGAAGAGCAAGGAGAAGACGGCACAAAAAAACGCAAGUGUGGAAAAUGCAAGCAAGUAG